GGAAGUGGCACAGAGUGGGUGUGUCUCAGCCAGCCGUGGGUAACGCCCUGGAUGCGGCUUUCGGACACGCUGAGUGCCAACAGGCCCGCUGAUCGCUCGUUGUUUCUUCACCUCGUCACGGCUUGUGUGGACUUGUAACCAUGGCUCACCGCUCUCUGUGCGCUCUGUGUGUGCUGCUGCCGCUGCUGCUGCCGCUCCAAGUUCUGCCUCAGGACUUCAACCUGGAGGAUGCUCUGGUUGAUGAAGACAAUAAACCACUGACACCAGCACCUACAAAAAAGCAAACAGCACCAUCAGGAGGAGCAGGAGGAGACUUUAAUCUGGAGGAUUUAGUUAGUGAUACCACCACCACCAAAGUCCCACCCAAGGGUUUCCCCAGGGUCCCUGCAGGCACCAAGGCCCCAGCGAAGCCCAAACCCAAGCCAGCCAGUGAUGACUUUAACCUGGCUGAUGCCUUAGACCCCAACAAUGACAUUCAUGGCAAGGAUAAGAACGUGGGGAAGGGAGGUCUGUUCUCUGACGACGAUCUGAGUGACGUGAGCAAAGAUGACACCUACAAGCCUGACAACAACAACGGCAAAAGCAAAGAGAACACAGCAGAAGUGGGCACCAUCGCAGGGUUUGCAAGCGUAGUUGCCAUGGCGCUGGUGGGUGCGGUCAGCAGCUACAUUUCCUACCAGAAGAAGAAGCUGUGCUUCAGUAUACAGCAGAGUCUGAACACUGACAUGCUUAAAGCCGAGAACCCUGAAGCGGUAGUGGCCACCGAACCACAAGCGCAGCAGACUCUCCUGGAGCCUCCCAAUGCUGAACCUCAGACUGAAGAGAACGCUGUGUAAAAACGAGGCAAUCACCGAACAACAAACCCUUCACAUAACCCCCCCAAUACGCACACACACACACACACACACGCACACACACACGCACACACACACACACACACACGCACACACACACACACACACACACACACGCUGAACAGGCAGAGGUCACAGGUUGUCUCUGUGUAGCAUCAUUGCUGCAGAACCUGGAUCUGUAAUCCUGGUUUGUCCAAUCACAUGUUUUUAAUUCUCUGUAAUGCUCAUCGCUCACAUCGUGUGGGUUUCACACCACUAACAACUCAAUGUUUUUUACAGUUAUUUAUUUUGUCAGCAUGUACUCUGUGGUGCUUUGCUGGCACAGAUGGAAGAAUACCUGAAAUGAUUGUGUGCCGGUAAGAGAAGCUAGCUCACAGACUCGGUCAGUAUCCACUGAGCUGGUUUUGGGCACAUUUGACUUUAUUGAUGACAUUUUGGUAAACUGAUGAGUCAGUAACCUGCUGCAUGUUUUUAAAGCAGCCUAAAGAAGCAUUUUAGGAAGCUGAACUCCAAAGUUAACCAGAUUGCUGUGAAACUCAACCAGUGACUUUUAUAUUGUUUAUAUUUUGUUUUUAUUCUUUUUAUUGUGACUUGUAUUUAGGGAUAACAGAUAAUGAAAUUCAGUGUCCCUCGUUGAAGCCUAACUAAUUAUGUCUUGUAAAUCAAAGCUAUUGUUUUUGUUGAUGCACAAAUCUGACCUGAAAUGUUGAUUUGGUCUCUGCUGUCCACGCGCCUGUGGAGGACAUUCAGCUCGUUGGACUACUGUAGUCAUGUUCCUGUUACUAUUAACACAGCUUUGGCUUUAAUGUUUCUUAACCAUUAGUGAGUGACUAAGGGGGUCGAAAAAAUGAAAUCCCAACACCUGUAAGUAUUAAAGUGUAAAUAGCCUUAUAGAAAAACUAGUUUCUAGUUUGUUUCAACCAGUAACGUAAAUGAUGCUGAAACAUCUGAGCGGUUAAUAAAACACCUUACGGUCGAUGCCAAGUUCAAGCCUAGAAUGGGAGAAUCAAUCCUCAGAUGGGAGGCAGUGCCCACUCUGUGUCCCCACUCUGUGUCCCCACUCUGUGUCCCCACUCUGCCAUGUUGUCUUCUUUAAGGGGGAAAGGGGAUUAUUGAUUGGAGGGUCUUUACCUUGCAAUAUAAAGAACUGGACGUUGUUUCCCACGUGUAAAGCUUGUGAGAGUAAGAGGACUGAGUAUUGUGCCAAAUAUGAAAAGUCAGAUAAGCAGUCAGUGCACUUGAUGUGAGGAUGGUGAUGCUCCACAUCAGCUUCAGUUUAAAAAUGCGUCCCGUGAGCUGCUGCUUCUCUGUGAAUCCUAACGGGACCUUCUGCUGUGGAAACAGAUGAAACUCCAGCACUUUGUUCCUGGGAAACAAAGUUAAAAUGUUAACAGUGCUAACAUUAGUAGUUAGUAAUACUGGGCACCUGAUUUCUUGUGUUGGGUUUGUGGAGCUCUGACGUGACUUUGACUUUAUGUUUGUGAAUAUUUGUAGAAGAAACAACGUCACAUGAAAACAGGUGAAUUCAUUCAAAACAACUGUAAAGUGAGUAGUUAUAUUAGUUAAGAUUGUUAACAUUUCUCAGAGAGUUAUCCCAUAACAAACAUAGAUAUUUAAACAGGGCUGUUUAGCCAUAAGCUUGGAGGCUAAUCCAUGUCAGGUCCAGCUGGUGGCUCCUCCUUGUGUCUCGUGCUGUAUCUCUGCUCUCGUACUCGGAAAGAUUCAGUGUAAUAUUUAUUUGCAUUUAGUUCUACAGCCCAGCUGUAGCUACACCAGGAGUUUGCCUGCUUUUCAGAUUUUUCAGCCACAGCACGUUGGAACUUUUAGUAGACGUGUAACCUUCAUUCAUGGUAGCCUAAUAAAACACAUUAUUAGUUACUGAGCAAAGAUCAUAUCAAUCUGAGGGAUGUGGAAAUGAAAUUCAGCGUCUCUCUUUGAAGAAUAAUCAAUUAUCUGUUGUACAUCAAAGUAACCAGUUGCUUACAAGGAACCAAUGAGCAACCAGUGAAACCAGUAAGUGUUUACCUUACAUCAGUAACAGAACUUGGACAUGAAGACAUGAAGAUUGUGUAUAAAUAAAUAACCUACAGCAUCCAAGUAGACAGAUUCCAGAUCCCGAGGACAUAAUCAGUCCAGAGGACAUCGUCUCUGACAGCGUCUGUCUCAGACCUGGCAGCUGCUGUUUGGGCUGAUUUGGGGUUUUACUGAUAUUCCGAAUCUCACCAUGUCCCAAACAAACUAGUUAAACUGUUGAUCCAGGAAUAACAAAAACAAACCACGGGCCAACUCCAUCAUUACUCUAUUAAAAAAGACAUUUCAGGUUCUGCUGGACUAAAAUGGGUGCAAUAGGAAAAUUAGGGACCCAGUGGAAGGAGUUUGAUGUUGGCACUGCUGCACAGAACCUUCGGGUUGAGUUGGUCUGCGUUUGAAAAGGUUUAGCCGUGUCGCUGAUGUUAGCAGCUAUAGUUAGUUUAAGGGUUUAGAUAGUGCCCUGAGGAAUGCUUUCUGAAACUGUGAGCAGUUCUGUUUGUUCUAGUGUGGUAGCAUAUAUUCCUGCUCCAUUUAGACUAUAGACUCGUGUGUGUUUGCACUGUUAGCUUGCUUUUUUAUACUUUGUACUUGACUGGACUUUUCCUAAUAACUUAUCUUAACUUUUGAGGAUAGUUGAUGCUUCCUGGUGAGUGAGGGUUUUUCCAGCUUUCCAUUGAGUCGUUGAUGUUCCAAAACAAGAAAGCUUUCAUUAACGUUCCUGCGCUGUGACUGAAGCCGUUUCCUUUAAUGUCUGAUAUAUUAACCUUUUUGUAGCACAAACCUGUAAUGACUCACAAAGGGGAUUUAAUUUAUUCCACACACAGCAUAGAUCUAGUAAAUCAGGUCAUGUUCAUGUCAUGUGUGGAACUAAUUGCUGUAAUAAGAAAGUCAAUUAGUUACAUUGUAUAUAUAGUACAAUUGUUUUGCUGUCUUCAGUUUGUCACUUUGGUGGUUGCCAUCUUUUGUUGUUGUUGAUGUUGUUGUUGUUGGGAGGUUAGAAUGUGUGAGCAAAGGAUCAAGUACAGAAAAUGCACAAGUAACCAUACAAGACAUGAACAACAUGCAGUAAGAACUACCAUUGUGUACCAUAUUUAAAGAAGACACACAGAGAGCGGUGUGUGACAGAAGUGUGUGUCCUGUGAGCUGUAAUAGUGUAAGAGUCCAGUCAUCCAGCUGUGCUCGCAGCCUAAAGAAAGGAAGUGUUACAGACAGGAUGCAGUCUGUUCCCUGGUGUUACUCUGGUAACGAGACAACACACACUGUCUAUCAGCUGCUUCUCACAGCUUUACUGUGUUCACUGUGUGUUUUACUUUGAAAGCAGUUUGACUGGAAUGGCAGGAAGGAAAAGUGCUGCAACAGGAAGGUGGGAUCAGAUUAACAGAUUCAUGUCUGGAAGGGAUCUUUUUUGUGUAUUUGAGAGUUUCAUGAUGAUUUCACUUUGUGUACAUGUCUUUGAGGUUGGUCAUUAAAGUAGGAUUUAUGUGUAUAACCGAUAUUCUAUGACUAGACAAAUCUUUGUGCGUGUGUGAGAGAUGAACUGUUAAUGGUAAAAAGAGAAAAACAACCCAGUUUGUGGCCACAGUAGCCAUUAGCAUCCUUAGCUUUGUCUUAUUUUCUUAAAAUGGUCUGAUUGAUUCCUGCGCUGGGUUGUGUUUUUUAGGCCGUGUGUUGUGUUUGCAGGUGUGGUCUCUGUGUAGUUGGCGGUGCUGUUUAAGACUCUGCAUGCCCUGUAUGCUGUAAUCCAAAUGGCGCUUCUCUUUUAGCCUUAUACCCUGCAAAGUCCCACAGGAGCGCACUGCAAUAUUCAUGUAACACAGCACAGCUGCACCCGAGCGACACCACAGUCGCCCCCUGUUGGCGACAGGUGGGGGCUGUUUCAUCAGGCUCGGGCUGCUGGAAGCUCCACUCAAAUCAAACAUAAAAUAACAAACCUUUCAGUUGGCUGAAUGUAUUUAAAUAUUCAUGUUUGAAUGCACAAAUAUUUGGUCUGUAGCAAAAAUAUGUAUUUACCAAAGACAAAGUGCUGAUUGAGUCUGCCAUGGCCUCUGUGCAGAGUUACUGGAUAAUCUGUUAUUAGAAAAUAAUAAUGAACAAACUGUUGAUUAUAUGCUUGAAUCUGAAUGUAACACAGAUGUCCUCGCCUAAUGUGAAGCAUUUGAAUUAGUCUGAGUGUGUAUGAGAACAUAAUGACUGUUUUAUAUCAAUGAAAAGAAAAAGAUACGUCUGAUGUCUUAAAAGUAACGUGCUAACCUGUGCAAUGCUUGCAUUCAGCCACAGUGCAUUAUUAUUGGCACUGUUCUGCUUUGGGGGCUUAGUGUGGAGUAUAUGGCACGCUGCAGUUUGGAUCUGGGCCCCAUGUGAUGACCACCAGUACCAGUAGAACUGCUACAGCCCAGCAGCAAACAGUACAAUGUUUGAUUAAAUGUGACUGUGUAACGAUUCCAGCACAGAUGGAAUAAAACCAGUAGAAUGUUUCUCAUCAAUAUUAAGCAGAAGAUGUGGCGAUCAGCCCUCCUGGCCUGUUGAACAUCAGUGAUGUUGGUUGGUAGUAGACUAGUUUCCGCUGUAUAAGAUCUGCACUGUCUAUAAAAGAGCUUUAGCCAGCACCUGCGAUGCCUGCCAUCUGUCCUUGCAGAUGAUGGUGUCACGCAAUGCCAACCAAAAUCCUGCAGCCUUACAUUUUUAAUCAGGAGAACAACGUGAGCUAUCUGGGUUCUGUUACAGCAAAGCUACAGCUGAUCUGCUGCGUGAGGGUGUUUAACCCUGACUGCCACAUACAGGACGCACUUGGUCAUCAUACUACACUAACACACAUACAAACUUUGAUGCAUGCUUUUCUCUACACACUGUUUUACUCUUGACUUUCGAGUGUUGCGCUGUCUUUUGACAGUUGAAUGUUGAACACAGCUUGAAGUGUAAUAGUGAACUGCUUUCUCACUUAUUCUUCUGUAGCUUUCUUGCAGUUUGUUACAGCUAUUGUUACUAUUAUUAACCAAUAAAAGCUUUUUCAAAAGAACAAGGAAAAGACAAA